AUGACUUUUGGCCGACCUGCUGCCAUACCAAACAGUUAUGUGAAGCUUGAAUUACCCUCGGAUUAUAAGCUUACCGAUGAGCUGCCGAUUUCGAACUCUCAGGUUGACGCUCUCGGCCUUGCAUUUUUCAACUCUACAAUAACUCUAUAUAAGCAGAUGUGGAACACCAUGGAGUUGCUGUAUGGCCAGAACCUUGGAUGUGACUCGAGUCUAUCCGUCAGUCAGACCAUUGCGCAUACCUUCUCCAUCGAGCAAUCUGUUUUCAGUUGGGAAAGAUCACUCCCGGAUACAUUGCGGCUCACGAGCUGCGAGAGUCUGCGGAACGAUAGGAGUGAGUCGGCUACAAAUUUGCAAUCGGUGACCUGGAAGCUCCGUGUGAUAUUGACGCUUCGCUACCUGAAUCUCCGUGUUCUUUUACACCGACCCGUUCUCGUGAAAUUUCUCGAUUCUUGUAGCGGCUUGCAGACUGACGCUCAGGAGUUGAAGCUGCUUCAACAGAUGGGCUUGAACAGCUUGCAAAUAUGUGCAGACUCCGCAAUAGAGAUCAUUGACCUUGUUCAUCACGUUGUGAGUAGCACGGGGUGGAAACAGGAGCUCCUUGGGGCCUGGUGGUUUUCACUAUACUAUACGUUCAACGCCGCUUUAGUUAUCUUUGGGACAAUCAGGGUUUGCCGGGAUGAGAGCAGAACGGGGGCGUCGAUGCCAAUUUUGGUCGACAGGGCAAAAUCGUACCCCUCUCGCGCAACUGCAGCUCUGCUCAAGCUUGAUACUGGCAAUCGGAUGGUCGAUCGCUGCAGAUUGUUUCUUGAGCGAUUCAACAGCAGCCUCAGCACUCCUGAACAGAACCCGUUAAGUUCGGAUUCCACGACGCAUUUCAAUUUGUCCGGCUCUGGGCCUAUGGCAUUUGGAGGAGAGAUGGACUACUCGCCUCUUGGGAUGGAGUUUGGAGAAUUUAUGAUGGAUGGAGAUCUCCUUUCGUUGAUGAGUCGGCCAGAUAUUCCACCGCAGGCGGAUCUUCAGUAG